AUGUUGAUCUAUACGCUGAUCUAUGGGGCCAAAACUAUUCCAUUGAAAGGCAAAAACGCCUACAAAAUCCGAUUGGUGGGUUUCAGCGUACGUGAAACAGAUAUUCCUCGUGAAUUUGAAAAUUAUAGGAAGAAAAUAAUGAGAGUUGAAAAAAAAGUACGCCCACUCUAUGAACUUUAUAAAACUGUUUCAAAACUAGAGUUUGGUCGAAAUUUCAUUCAAUGAUUCCUUCGUUGUGUCGCUACGUCGUUGGUGGCUUCUCUAUUAUUUUUUGUGUGGUCCUAAUUUAUCACAAUCUCUUUGUCAAUAACGGCAAAAAGUUAUCUCAAGCCUACAAUUUGACUACUGAAAUGCAAAUUCGCUACAAAACGUUCAAGGAGUACCAGAAUGAAUCCGAGCAAAUUUUGUACAUUAUGGACGACUUAAUUUCUCAGAACUCGGAGGUAUUUCAACUCGGUUAAUUUAAGACUUGAAUUCCCAGAUAAUUCCUUCGAGAAACAACAAUAAAACGGCUCAUGAGCUCUGCAGAGAAACGUCACUAUGUGUUCGUCCUUUUGCUAAUUUUGAAGCUAGAAUCCGAGUAAACUAUAUUCUAGUAUCAUCAGGAAAAAGAAUGGAUUUUCAGGUUGCGCCAAAAUUCAAGAUGGCUCAUUGCGUGGUCCAUAAAAGCAUGUCGACUGUUAUGACGUCCAUCAUGUGCUAUUUAUACAAUAGAACGAAAUAUUCCAGAGCUACUCAGGUCAAAAAAUUGAACGAAUGGCAAAAAUAUAAGUGAGCUUUUUUGAGCGUUUUCUAACAUUCACUUUUUAAAUUUCAGUUUGUGUCAGUCUGAGAACACGUACAACAGUGUAUUCUCUGUUGCGAAAGCUUUCAAAUUCAGCAAUUGGAGUGUCUCCAUGAUAACUCGUGAUCCUGUAGAACGCUUCGUAUCUGGAUAUGUGGACCGAUGCAUCAGGUUGUUUUGCAGGAAAUGUUUUUGUGAGAGCAUCACAAUAUCGGAAAUUAGAAAGUGGUUUGACGUUUUCGUAUUCAAGAGAAUUGAAUAGAAUUUUCAUUCAACCUGCGUUUUUCAAAAUAACUUACAAGUCGUGAAGAAAAGCUCUUAAAAGUAUUUUAAUCCGAGACAUUUUCAGAGCACCUAAAGGCAAAAACCCUUGCAACGGCUGUGACAAGAACUUAACGUGUUUUAUAACAGCGGAAUAUCGGAAAUUCAUGGCAAUAAACAGGAAAAAGCACGUUCCCAACACUAUCGAAGAUCGUCAUUUUUAUCCUCAAAAUUGGUAUUUUUAUAUGCUUUGAAAACUUCUUGGAAAAAAACGGACAACUCUAACAUUCCAGUUACAGGCGAUGCAAUUUGAAAAAUUUACGUGCUCAAUACGAAUUCAUAAGAUACUCAAGCGACCCCAGUGAGCAAUUAAUGUCCGAUUUGUUUAAAAUUGCUAGGAAGCAAGGAGUAACAUUUUAUUCAACUCGGAAAAGUUCUCAUGGUUUUCUUUAAGGUGCCCGAAGAUUCCUUGAGUUUUAUAAGAGACGAGUUGACCGCAAACCGCAGAACUUCCCAUACGACGGCAGAGUCACCAGCAAGGACUUUUUACGAGAAUAGGUACAGCUAUCUGGAAAGUUUUCGAAGAAUAGCAAUUUUCAGAUUGCGUUCAAAUCCUUUCUUGAUGGAAUAUGUCGUGAAAAUGUUUUACCACGACUUUGUCCAUUUGCGGUAUCCUUUCCCUGACGGCUUCUAA